UCAGCUCAUUGUGUCGUCAUUUUUCCUAAUUGGAUUACAAUUGUCCCACUGCCCUUCUCCUUUACCUUACACUUUCUCCUCUGCAUGUCUUCGAAUGUCGCCAUUCUUAUCAUUUUUCUUCGGUUACUCUUUUCCCCUUCGUUUGUCCCACCUUUACCGCACUUUAUUCAUUAUAUAUAAUACAAACCUUAUAACUCUUUUCAAAAGCCCCACAAAAACUUCUUCUCUACCUCAUUGUACCAUGAAUAAAGUGGUUGCUUUUUCUCUUCUUUUUCUGUUCCUCCUCCCAAUCUUAGUUUCUUGCGAAUGUACUUGCGAUGAAGAUUCGGAGGAUCGGAACAAAACCGAAGCAUUGAAGUACAAAUUGGUGGCAGUUGCUUCGAUUCUGAUAGCUGGCGGCAUAGGCGUUUCCAUACCAAUUCUUGGUAAGAUAAUCCCGGCUUUUCAUCCCGAAAACAAUGUGUUUUUCCUCAUCAAGGCUUUUGCAGCGGGGGUGAUUCUGGCCACGGGCUUCGUCCAUAUACUACCGGACGCAUUCGAGAGCUUGUCUAGCCCUUGCCUUCCUGAGAAUCCGUGGGGUGAUUUCCCCUUUGCUGGACUUAUAGCCAUGCUUUCCGCCAUCGGAACGAUGAUGGUGGAUUUAUUGGCAACGAGCUUUUACAGGAAAUCGUAUAUGACGCAGCAGAAGCCUGUGAAUAGUGAUGAAGAAAAAGAGGGUGGGCAUGUUCAUGUUCAUACGCAUUCAACUCAUGGACAUGCGCAUGGCUCCGUAAUGCUGUCACCGGCGGGUUCCGAGGCAUUGGAUUUAUCUCGUCGGCAAGUUAUCUCACAGGUAUUGGAGUUGGGAAUUUUGGUGCACUCGGUAAUAAUUGGUGUAUCUUUGGGUGCCUCGGAAUCUCCCAAGACAAUUAAGCCCCUUGUAGCUGCAUUAACUUUCCAUCAGCUAUUUGAAGGCAUGGGUUUAGGUGGCUGCAUCUCUGAGGCAAGAUUCAAGGUGAAAAAAACAGCAAUAAUGGCAAUUUGCUUCUCCCUCACAACACCAGUUGGAAUUGCAAUCGGGUUUGGAAUAUCAACUGUGUAUCACGCCAGUCCAACUGCACUCAUAGUUGAAGGCAUUUUUAACUCUGCCGCUGCUGGAAUUUUGAUUUACAUGGCUUUAGUGGAUCUCCUUGCAGCAGAUUUUAUGAGCACUAGAAUGCAAGAUAGUCCAAAGCUUUUGAUUGGAGCUAACGUUUUUGUUCUUCUUGGGGCUGGUUGUAUGUCACUUUUGGCCAAGUGGGCCUAAAAAAAAAUCUUAAAGAGUGCUCAGAAUGAGGAGAUAAGCAAUGAUAUUUCAUGUUGAAAUAUUUAAUGAGAUUAGGCUAUAGUAAUUUCAUCAUUUAGUAAUUUUGGGUUUAACUAAUAUCCAUAACCUAACAAGCCUUAAGGUUUAAUCCCAAGUUCUAUUACAAAUUUUUUGUUUUCAUCUCAUGUAUCGAACAACCUCUUAGAGUUAGAGCAUAGAAAAUAAACUAGGUUUUUUUUUA